AUGUCUGGGUCGCGGGGAUCGAGACAGCCAGCCAUGGCCGACAUUACUAUCGCCGAUGUAGGACCCGGUAUACAACCACCCACCCUCCCCGAAUCAUCCACUCCGGCAGUCACGUGCCCAUGGCGUCAGUUGAUCCCGGGACUGGAGCAGGUCAUCGCCUCACCACCAACAUCCUACACCACUUCGCCCGCCUCCUACGGCCCACUCCGCAACGGCUAUUAG